AUGCUGCCACUCUUCCUCGAGCCAGAGUCGAGCGCCGCGGGCAGCGUCACGGACACAAUGUCCAAUGUCGCGUCGUCCAGCUCCACGCCGCCCACCACCGUCGCCGACAGCGACAGCCUGCAUUCCGACACCUCCAAGCACGAUGUCGUCCCCUUCACGGAGACGCUACUCGUCACCGCGCAAAUCGUCGACCUCGAACUGGCACCCGAGCCUGUUCCAAUGCCCGAAACUACCCCAAAGCCCGAACCUGCCACCGAGCCUGAUCCCGUGCCAGUUGCCACCACCACGUCUGUCGAGUCUUCACCAAAGCGAGCGCGCCGCACGUGUGCCGCUGCGCCCGUUUACAAUCUCUCCAAAUUGAGCGGCACCGAUGGCCAUGGCAAGCGUCGCGCCAACGGUGACGAUGUCGCUGACCGCCGACGCCGCACAAUUUCAGGCGACACCCUUGUCAACGAUGGCAUGUCGACACGCAGCCUCAUCUCGACCCGCGCCAAGUCUCGCGGCGGCACGGAUGCGAUUGACGCGCUCGAUCUUGGUCCCUCCGGACUACACUCGCCGCGCACCACUCGUCGCCUUGGCCACGAUUCCCCUCGCACGCGCCGCCUCAGCUCUCGCGCUGGUGCCAGUGUCGGCGCAACCGUCGCGUCUUUUGGCUCUCGCUUGUCCAAGAUCAGCAAGCGUGGCACCAAGGCCGUCGCUGGCUCGAUGAGCCGAGUCUCUCGCGAGCUCUUGCGUCUACGCGACACCAAGGAAUUCUCGCAUAUUGACGAGCGCCCUGUUGUCCACACCGUUUGGGCCAAUGGCAAGUACAUCGACCCCAAUGCCCGGCCCCCGCCGCCUUCGCCACGCCGGAAGAAUGCCAAAGCUCGCGAGACUGAGCUGGAGGAGAAGGCCGAGGAACCCGUGAUCGAAGUGAAGCCUCGCGGACCCAAGAAGUUCCUGACCAAGGGGCUGUAUGCGGGCCAAGACGUACCCGAAAACCCCGCCCAGUGUCUGACGUUACCUGAGAGGAAGAAGCUCGGCAGCAUCCCCGAACUUGCGAAACUUGACUAUCAGCGAAUUAAAACUGGGAAGACCCCGCCAUCCAACAAAGUCAUGCCGACACUUGCUUACAACGGUGUUCGACUGUUGCUCCAGGGUCGCGACUUUAAACUACCAUUCAUGACUUGUAACCCGCUGCCACCCGGGCAGCCCAAACCUGAUGAGUGGAAGAAGAUGACAAAAAAUCGAUUCAUCGGCGACUCGAAAGACUAUUGGCGCAAGUCACCUCACUACCAGGACUAUUCCAAGUGCGUUUGCAAACCUGAAGACGGCUGUGGCGACAACUGCCAGAACCGAAUCAUGCUUUAUGAGUGCAACGACAUCAACUGCAAUGCCGGAAAGGCAACAUGUACCAACAGAGCAUUUGCGACACUCACCGCGCGACGUGCCAAGGGAGGCAAGUACCGUGUCGGCGUCGAAGUGAUCAAGACGUCCGACCGCGGCUACGGAGUGCGAAGCAACCGCUGCUUCCGCCCUCACCAGAUCAUUAUGGAAUACGCCGGCGAGAUUAUUACAGAGGAGGAAUGUGAGCGUCGCAUGAACAACGAAUACAAGAAGAACGAGUGCUAUUACUUGAUGAGCUUCGACCAGAACAUGAUUAUCGACGCCACUACUGGCAGCAUUGCCAGAUUCGUCAACCACAGCUGCAAACCCAACUGCCGCAUGAUCAAAUGGAUCGUCUCCGGACAGCCGAGAAUGGCUCUAUUUGCUGGCGACAAGCCCAUCAUGACUGGAGAUGAGCUGACAUACGACUACAACUUUGAUCCCUUUUCCGCCAAGAAUGUCCAGAAGUGUCUCUGCGGCGCCGAAAACUGUCGUGGUGUUCUUGGACCUCGGCCACGCGAGGCGAAGCCCCCGAAGACUGACUUGAAGAAGGCUGUCAAGGGCUCGAUCAAGGCCGGGAAGCGCAAGCUCAAGGAGAUGCUGGGAGAGGAGGCGUCUGGCAACGACAAGACGAAGAAGCGCAAGAUUCAGCCAGCGACGGGCGUCAAGCGCUCUCUCUCGAGCGCGAGCCUGAAGGCCGCUAAAGGCGCCGCGACCGCGAUCAAGAAGAGUGUUUCCAGCAUGUCGCUGGCCAAGAAGAAUUCGGCCAAGUCGACGCCUGUCAAGCGACGAGCCAGCACGGGCAACCUGCUCAAGAAGGCCGUGACGAACAAGCUCGUCAAGCGCCGACCGGUCGCGGGCAAGCCCGGUACGAAGCAGGUCUCUUCGCGCUCCUCCAGCCUGACCAUUGUCGGGACCAGCGAAGAAAAUGCGCGCGCCGGGAAAAAGACGACACCGAAGAAGGCAAGCCCCGGCAAGGCCUCAGCCAAGGGUACACCUAGCCGCAGUCCCAAGAACACGCCAAAGGGCACGCCCAAGAGCGGAACAUCCAGUCUCGGCGGCACUCCUAAGAGCAAAACGACGCCAAAGGGAAAAGUGACGCCAAAGACGGCCCAUCGUCGUUUGAGCGGCAAGCCUAAGCAGGUUGCCAAGCCUACGAUUAAGCUUGUUGACGAGUAA